AUGGUAAACAUGGGGACAAGACUAGAAGAAGGCGUCUGUAAGGGACGAUUGGUAAAAGAGAGUGAUUCAUCUGGAAGUUCCAAGAGAUAUGGAAAUGGUUUUCCCCAAAAGAAGGAACAUAAUGUUAAUACUAGAACUCCACCAGUUCUUCCAAAAGAACUUCCAUGGUGGUAUAAAUCUGAUCAGCAUUGUGCAUUUCAUCAAGGUGCACCCGGUCAUGACAUUGAGAACUAUUUUGCUUUGAAAGUUGUAGUGCAAAGACUAAUAUGGGGAGGUAUUUUGUCUUUUGAAGACUCUAGUCCUAAUAUGCAAGCCAAUUCGUUUCCUAAACAUGGUGGUGCAACUGUGAAUAUGUCUGAAGGAUGUCUUGGAAAAUAUCGUGUCUUUGAUGUCAAUCUAAUUAGAAGAUCCUUGGUCGAGAUCCAUGCAACUUUGUGUGAGCCUAGUUAUUACGAGCAAAACCAUGUUUCUUAUCGUAUAUGUUUAAGGAACCCUCGAGGGUGUGUUAUGGUAAAUAGAGGUUUGCAAGAGAUGCUAGAUCAAUAUCUUAUUCAUAUUACAAGAGAUAGGGACGAAGAUGAGCAUGAUGUGAAUGUCAUAGUUUCUCAUUUCAAUAUUCCUAAACCAGUUAUGAUUGCCUGUGAUAGUCAAAGGACUGUUGUUUAUCCAUUGGUUAUUCGUUUGGCGGGUCCUACACCCUAUGAAUCUGACAAAGUUUUUCCCUACAAAUACAGUGCUACAAUGUUGGAAGAUGGAAAUGAAGUCCCCAUCCAUUCCCUUUCUUCUGUUGUGAAUAUUGCUGACGUAAGCGAUGUGACCCAAAGUGGUCAAGUAUUUUCCUUUGUGUCACCUAGGAGAAUUGAAGAUACUUUGGUGGGUAAGAAAGCUCAAAUGGAAACUCCUAUUGGGCAAUCUGGCCAAUCCAGCGGUGUAAACCAGAACUAUGAUCAUGAUGAAGCGUUGAAGUUGAUCAAGAGGAGUGAAUUUAAUAUGGUCAAUCAAUUAUUGCAUACCCCAUCCAAAAUAUUUGUUUUAUCUUUACUGAUGAAUUCAAAAGUUCAUAGAGAGGCUUUGUAUAAGGUCUUGGAGAAAGCCUAUAUGGACUGUGAUGUAACAGUUGGUCAAUUAGAUGGCACUGUGGCCAAUAUUACUGCGCAUAACAAUAUGAGUUUUAGCAAUGAAGAACUUUUUAAGCAAGGGAGGAAUCAUAAUUUGGAUUUGCAUAUUUCCAUGAAUUGCCAAGAUGUUAUGUCCAAUAUUCUGGUUGACACUGGCUCUUCUCUAAAUGGAAGUGGAUCUCCCGAUGAAAUAAGUUUGUGCUUAUUUCAGAUUACAUUUCAAGUGAUGGAUAUUCAUUUCGCAUAUAGUUGUCUCUUGGGUCGUCCAUGGAUUCAUGAAGUUGGGGAAGUGACGUCAACCCUUCAUAAGAAGUUGAAAUUUAUGAAGAAUGGAAAGUUAGUGAUUGUGGGUGGCGAGCAUGCCAUGUUGGUGAGUCAUCUCUCUUCAUUCUCGUAUAUUGAUGCUGACGAAGUUGUGGGAACUCUGUUCCAAGCUUUUUCUAUUGUUGACAAUAUUAUUAAGAAGAAUGGGUCAUCCAUGACUUCUUUGAAAGAUGCACAACAAGUUAUGGAGAAUGGUCAAUCUAUUGGAUAA